CCAAACAUCCAUUUUAGUUUUGCCCAAGUAACAUCAUAUAUCCAUCAUGGGAUGGGAAUGGGAUGAUACUAUAACUAUCAUAUAAAUGGGUUCUUGAAUCUCGUUGCCACAACCAUUUCUGGCUUUCUGCACUGUUCUCAGCUCUCUUUAUUUAUAGCAGAUAAAGAAAAGCUUAAAGUAGCAACAAAAGCUGUGCAAAAGAUCAGACAGAGAGAGAUGGGUUAGUGGUUUUUGUGGGUGGGAUUUGAGUUUUUGGGUUUAUGGUGAUGGAAGUUGAAUGGAAGGGAGAAGAAGAAGAGCGAAAGUGGUAAAGGGGAAAGAGGAGAGUGAGUCAUCAAGAUUCUGAGUCUGGAUCCUCGGAAGAAUCACCGCCGCCGCCGCCAUCAAGAACCACCAUCAUCAUCAGCUGUUCCAUGGGAGAUUAGGAGAAACGCCGCCGCCUUUUGCAGAGGAGAACGUGGUCGAACAUGCAAAAUUGGAGGAAAAUAUGGGAGAGAAUGAGAAUGAGCGGAGUUGGUCGAGAUUGGGAGUUGUGAAGAACGCCGCCGCCUUCGCCGGCGGGCACAUUGUGCGGUCCACGGGGAAGAAAGACCGUCACAGUAAGGUUUGCACGGCGAAAGGCCCCAGGGACCGCCGCGUUCGCCUCUCCGCUCACACCGCAAUUCAAUUCUACGACGUACAGGACCGGCUUGGGUACGACCGCCCCAGCAAGGCCGUCGACUGGCUCAUCAACAAGGCCAAGCCCGCCAUUGAUGAGCUCGCUCAACUUCCCGCCUGGAAACCCAUCCUCCACCACGGGGAAGACGCGAAUAAUAAUUUCUUAAACACUAACACUAGUGUUGUUGCAGGGCCGUCUUCUUGUAAAGUGACAGUGGGGGGGAAUCACAAUCAGAAUCAUGGCUCCAGCUUUUUGGCCACCACUUCCAUGGAUUCUGAUACAUUAAUAAAGAGCUUCUUCCCCAUGGACCCUAAUUCUUCUGCUAAUGCUAUGCACUCCCAUAGCCAAGAUUUAAGGCUGUCUUUACAGUCGUUCCAAGAUCCUACUAUCCAUGGAGAAGCACAACACUUUUUCACCGGAGCCGCCGCAACACAGCUGGGGUUCAAUGCUUCUGAGCACCAUGAACAUCACCAGAGACUAGCGGUAUGGAAUGCCGGCAUAGACUCCGCCGGAACACAAGGAUACGUAUUCAAUUCACCGCCGCCGGCGCCGUCGUUGUAUGAGCAGGUGGUCGGUGGACAGAGCCAGUUUUUAUGUUCACAGAGGGGACCCCUUCAGUCCAGCAACACACCUUGGAUUCGUGGUUGGACGGGAGCAUUGCCGGCGACAGCCGCUCAUCCCACCCACCACCAAAGUGAAACCACUUUUUAUCCGUCGCCGCUAUCCGGACUAGACGGAUUCUCCGGUUUCCGUAUUCCUGCCCGAAUCCAAGGUGAAGAAGAGGAGCACGAUGGCAUUUCCGACAAGCUAUCCUCUGCUUCCUCUAACUCUUUCCAUUGACAUUAUUCCUCACAAAUUCCCCCUUUUUGUCUCUCCAAACACUAAAUCAAACUUUGGGUCUUCAUCUUAAUUUUAACACCAUUAUAUUACCUCACUGAUUCAUGAAGAAAAGGGGAGAUAGAUAGAUGGAUCAUUUAUGGUGAGUCUAAUCCAAUGGAGACAACCACAGGAAGAAGAAGAAAUCUGAUCUGAGCAUAGUUUCAGGUUUUUGAAUUCCCUGUUUGCUAUCUGUAUGUGUAUAUCUAUAUUUCAAUUUCUCUAAGUUUGCUAAGCUGUGUUAGAACUGAGCUAUGGAGCAUGUGUUUAUGUUGCCAUUGGCUCACUCUUUGCUUGUUGAAUUUCCCAAUUUCUAAGCCAAGAUUACUACUUGCUUUAAACAGAUCGAUUUUUGUGUUUCCUUGCUGUGAUAUUGAAUGAAUGUAGUGAAUCCUGCUUAGAAACAGAAAUUGUUUUUAGGGUCCUCUUUUCCUUGUAAGAAACAAUCUUGAAAGCCUC